AGUUACUUUCUCAAAAUGUUUCAUGCAUUGCUCCUGCUGCUUUUAUUGCAUACGUCAAGUUCUACUCUCGGAUUCAACUUGCCACAUAAAAGUGCACAAGUAAAGUGCAUUGAGAGGGAAAGACAAGCUCUCCUCAACUUCAUGCAAGGCCUCCAUGAUAUCUAUGGCAUGUUGUCUACAUGGAGGGGGAAAGAUUGUUGCAGAUGGAGAGGUAUUGAAUGCAACAAUGAAACAGGUCAUGUGCAAAUACUUGAUCUUCGUGCCAACAAUUCGCAAUAUUUGUUGCGCGUAAUCAAUAUCACUUCAUUGAUUGACUUGCAAUAUUUGGAAUAUUUGGACCUCAGCUCUAAUGAUUUUCUUCGCAGUGACAUCCCAGAAUUCAUGGGAUCCUUAAUCAAGUUAAGAUAUCUCAACCUCUCUAAUUCUCAAUUUCGAGGGAGGAUUCCUUAUCAACUUGGAAAUCUCUCACAACUGCAAUAUCUUGAUCUUGGAGGUAAUUUUUAUCUUUCUGGAGUAAUACCUUGGCAGAUUGGGAAUCUCAGACAACUACGUUAUCUUGAUCUUGGAGGAAAUGCACUUUCUGGAGCUAUCCCUUAUCAAAUUGGGAAUCUCUCAGAACUUCAUUAUCUUGAUCUUGGAGAAAAUUCACUUGUUGGAGCAAUCCCUUUUCAAAUUGGGAAUCUUCCUAUGUUGAAUACUCUUAGGCUUGGUGGAGAUUUUGAUGUCGAAACUAAGGGUGCAGAGUGGUUGUCUAAUCUCCAUUCCUUAACAAAUCUUGAGUUGAGUUCAUCACAUAAACUUGGGUACUGGCUUCAAACCAUCAGUAAGCUUAUUCCAAACUUAAGAGAGUUAAGGCUAAUUGCUUGUAGUCUUUUAGAUAAUGAUAUUCGAUCUCUGUUUCAUUCUCAUUCCAACUUUUCCACUUCUCUUACCAUCAUUGAUCUCUCCGAUAAUAUGCUGACAUCAUCAACAUUUCAAUUGUUGUCAAACAUUAGCCUUAAUCUUGAGGAGCUUUAUCUUUCUUAUAAUAGUUUUUCCUCAUUUCCUCUCUAUCCAAACUUCCCUUCUCUCGUGAAACUUGACCUCUCUUUUAAUAAUCUGACAUCAUCAAUGCUUCAAGAUAAUUUCAACUUCAGCUCCAAACUUCAAAAGCUUUAUCUACAAAACUGUAGUCUUUGGGAUAGAAGCUUUCUUGUACCAUCUGCCUUUAAUAUGAACUUUUCAUCUUCUCUUGUCUCCCUUGAUCUUUCUUAUAACUUGCUGACUUCAUCUGCUAUAUUCCAUUGGCUUUUUAACUUCACCACCAAUCUUCGUAGCCUUUACCUAUUUGGGAACUUGUUAGAAGGUCCCAUUCCAGAAGAAUUUGGGAAAGCAAUGAACUCUCUUGAAUAUCUUGAUCUGUCCUUUAACAAACUGCAAGGAGAGAUUCCAACUUCCUUUGGGAAUAUGUGCAGCUUACAGAUAUUAUACCUCUCAAAUAACACCUUAAGUGGGGAUCUUUCCAGCUUCAUACAGAAUUCUUCAUGUUGCAUCUUACGCAUAUUGGAUUUAUCUUAUAACAGAAUUACUGGCAUGAUCCCUAAAAGCAUUGGAUUGCUAUCAGAGUUGGAAGAUUUGUCUAUGAGGGGGAAUUCUUUGGAGGGUGACGUCACUGAAUCUCAUCUCUCUAAUUUUUCCAAAUUAACGGAGUUGGACUUAUCAUACAACUCAUUGUCUCUCAAAUUUGAGUCUAGCUGGGUUCCUCCUUUCAAAUUAAGAGACUUGUAUCUUGCAUCUUGCAAGUUGGGUCCGAGUUUUCCUGGUUGGCUCCAAACUCAGAGCUCCAUAGACUAUCUGGAUAUUUCUGAUGCUGGGAUUAAUGACACUGUACCAGAAUGGCUUUGGGUCAAGUCAGACUACAUUCAAUGGAUGAAUAUGUCUCAUAAUAAUCUCGUAGGUGCAAUUCCCAAUUUACCAUUAAAACUUCCUAUCAAACCGUCUAUAUCUCUGAAUUCAAACCAAUUUGGGGGUGCAGUUCCAUCUUUUCUGCUACAAGCUUCAGAACUUACGCUUUCCCAAAAUAAGUUUUCAGAUUUAUUUUCAUUCUUGUGUGACAAAAGCGGCGCAACUGCAAACUUGGCCACUUUAGAUUUAUCAAACAAUCAAAUAAAAGGACAGUUGCCAGAUUGUUGGAAAUCUGUAAACUCAUUAUUGUUUCUUGAUUUAAGGAAUAAUAAAUUGUCAGGGAGGAUUCCACCGUCCAUGGGCACACUUGUUAAAUUGGAAGCUUUGGUUUUACGAAACAAUAGUUUAAUGGGUGAACUACCUUCCACUUUGAAGAAUUGCAGUAAUUUAAUUAUGUUGGAUGUGGGUGAAAAUUUGUUGACCGGUCCAAUACCAUCAUGGAUAGGAGAAAAUAUGCAGCAAUUGAUCAUCUUGAGCAUGCGAGGUAAUGGCUUCUCUGGAAAUCUUCCUAUUCAUCUUUGUUAUUUAAGGCAUAUUCAACUGUUGGAUCUUUCAAGGAAUAACUUAUCAGAAGGAAUUCCAACUUGUAUAAAGAAUUUUACUGCAAUGUUUCAAGAAAGCAUCAACUCAAGUGAUACUCAAAGUCAUAGAUAUGGGUACAAUAGUACUUAUGUUGAUAUUUAUGGUGCUUUCGAUUUUCUUGCUUAUGAGUUUAACAUAACGAUCAUGUGGAAAGGUGUGGAACGUGGGUUCAAGGAUCCAGAGGUGAGUCUUAAGAGCAUUGAUCUCUCAAGUAAUAAUUUAAAUGGUGAAAUACCAAAAGAGGUUGGAUAUUUGCUUGGCUUAGUUUCUUUGAAUUUAUCAAGAAACAAUCUGAGUGGAGAAAUCCCUCCAGAGAUUGGGAAUUUAAGUUUUUUGGAAUUUCUUGACUUAUCAAGAAAUCAUUUUUCUGGAAAAAUUCCAUCUACUCUUUCCAAAAUUGAUCGUCUUGCUGAGUUAGACUUAUCAAACAACUCUCUCUCUGGAAGAAUCCCUUUUGGAAGACAGUUGCAGACUUUUGAUGCCUCAAGUUUUGAAGGAAAUUUGGAUUUGUGUGGUGAACAACUUAACAAAACCUGUCCGGAAGAUGAGCCAAAGGGAAAGCCUCAAGGAUCAGCGGUUCAUGAUAAAAAUGACAAUUCAACUUUCUACGAAGCAUUAUACAUGAGCAUGGGGCUAGGAUUCUUCACCGGUUUUUGGGGCUUAUUAGGGCCAAUACUACUUUGGCGACCUUGGAGAAUUGCUUACGUGAGGUUCUUGAACAGAUUGACCGACUAUGUAUAUGUAAUGAUCGCAGUCAAUAUGGCAAGAUGCCACAGGUGGCUCAUGGACUAGCAGUUUAUUGCAGAUCAGCUACACUCUAGGAUGAAAGCGUAACGGAUUGCUGGAAGUAUAAGAUAUGCAGUAUUGAAGUUUAGAAUAUAAGAUGUUGCAGAUCAUUAAGUGUUUCAAUAAACAUUUUGAUAUGAUA